AUGGCUUUCUCCACCGGCAUUGGAGACCGCUCCGGCCUCAGAUCCCCUCGCGACGAGUCUCCCUUUGGGCCCCUCACGAGCCCUCUUCGAACCGUCGGCUCCCAACUUCCCUCCGGCUCCACCGACGGUCGCGGAAUCCUGACCAGACGAUUCACAAUGAAUACCGUUCCUACCUUGAAUACCCCCCUCUCUCCAAUUGGUUUGCAGCGCCGCCAGGCCGCCGAGCCGCAGGAAUACACCACUGCGCUCGAGAGGAAGAAGCUUGAGUACGAACUCCUCAAAGCACAACGCAGGCGUUUUGAGGCCGAAAUGGAGCUUCUUGAUAGAAAGUUCCGUCAGGACGAGGAGGAGAUCGGCCGUCUGUCUUCUGACAUCCACUUGAACAAGGUCCAGAGCCAACCCACCACCCCGCCAGAGUAUAGCGACAGCAACGGCUUCCCCACUGCUCUCUCGCGCCCGAACCGCUUCAGCAUGUCGUCUGUUCCUUCUGGCAUCACCACCCCUCGUGGUAGCCGUUCUGGCUCGAUUCUCGCUUCGCCUCCCUCAGGCAUCCAGACCAGCAGCUUCGUCCCCUCCCACUCGGUGCCUGGCUCGCGGCGCGGCUCAGACGAAGAGGCCGACAAGUUCGAGGCGGAGUUUGGUCCAAUUAGCCCGGUGUUCAGAAACACCAACCGUUUGUCCAUGCCAGUCAAUCUCGACAGUCGUAUUCGUGAGUCUUCCGUUGGCAUCAACACCACUUCCUGGUUAUUCGAACGUGAAGAAGACAAGGACGAGAGGAACCCCGCCGCAUCGCCCGACGCCAAGAAGUACGUUCAGAUGAACACCACCGAUGACAAGUUCCCUAUACUUGUCCGUCGUGGCGAGGGCGAGCUCUCUGCUUCUUCGGCUGCCUUGGAUCUCGCCUUGUCCAGGUCGGAUGGCCUGGAUAGUCAGAGCAACGGCUGGCCUACCUACCGUCAUCACCACGCUCAGCAGUCACUUCCCACUAACACGCUCCGCAAAGGUUCCCAGGUAGAUGAGUACGAUGUCAGCCGCGCCAACGGUGACACCACCCCUACUAGGUCCACGCCCAACAACCGCCGUUCAGUGCAAGAGUUCGGUCUAGGCUCCUAUGGCACCGAUUCCAAGCGCUCCAGCUACGCCAGCCCCAACGGCAGCAGCGUGCCCAAGUUCCAGCAAUCCUAUUCCACCAAUGACGUCCCCACCUUGAAGAACAUGAACGGCAUGAACGGCAUGAAUGGCAUCAAUGGCAUCAAUGGCACCAAUGGCGUGAAUCUCUCGCGUACCCAUGCAGAGCAGCACCUGCACAACCAUAAUGCGAGCCUUGGACGCAUCCCGACCAACGGUGCCACGAACCGCCACAGCCGUGAGCUCUCGAACGGAUUCAAGGAGCAGGAUGCCAACUUCAGUCGCCCUAUUCAGUCUGGCCUUCAUGCUAGUGCCGCUCCUUUUGGCCCUGCCCUCACCAGCGCACCAUCCGUUACCGGCUCCAUUGCCGAGACCAUCGGAACCCCCACGCCUUCUCACUAUUCUGGGGUGUCUGGACCUUACUAUGGCUACGGAAUGGGUAUGCUGACUGGUGCCAUGAACGGCCUCUCUAUGGGGCAGCCGGUUGCAUCCCAGCACAUGUUCAAUCCCAACGGUCCCUAUCCUCAGGUACCGGCUGGUAUGCCGUACUACAACAACCCUUACACUGCAUAUGGUCCAAAUGGGCGCCUUCAGGACAGUCAGGCUCGUGUUAUUCAGAGCCGCCGCAUGCAGAGUGACGCCAAUCGCUUCAUGAACUAUGACCUCAAGACCAUGCCUCGCGCCGAGAUCUACUCUCUCUGCAAGGACCAGCACGGUUGUCGCUUCCUGCAAAAGAAGCUUGAAGAGCGCAAUGACGAGUAUCUUCAAAUCAUCUUCGAGGAGACCGCUCCUCACGUCGUUGAGCUGAUGACUGAUCCGUUCGGAAACUAUUUGUGCCAGAAGUUGCUCGAAUAUGCCACUGAUGAGCAGCGCGACAAGCUUGUCCACAACGCGGCCACCUCCCUCGUCCAGAUUGCUCUGAACCAGCACGGCACCCGCGCUUUGCAGAAGAUGAUUGAGUUCAUCUCCACCCCCAAGCAGAUCAGCAUGAUCAUCGAGGCCUUCCAGAACCAGGUCGUGGAGCUCAUUCAGGAUCUCAACGGCAAUCACGUCAUCCAGAAAUGCCUGAACCACCUCAAAGCCGAAGAUGCGCAGUUCAUCUUUGAUGCGGUCGGCACCAACUGUGUCGCUGUCGGCACUCAUCGUCACGGCUGCUGCGUGCUUCAGCGCUGCAUCGAUCACGCCUCGGGCUUCCAGAAGGUUCAGCUUGUCCGCCAGAUCACGGCCAACAGCUUCGACCUCGUCCAGGAUCCAUUUGGCAACUACGUCGUGCAGUACAUCCUUGACCUGAACGACUAUAGCUUUACGAACCCGCUCUGCCUCGGUUUCGCCGGCAAGGUGGCUGAGCUGUCCAAGCAGAAGUUCAGCUCCAACGUCAUCGAGAAGUGCAUUCGCUGUGCCGACAUGAACACCAAGCGCAUCAUGAUUGAGGAGCUGAUGCAAGAGGAGGAGCUUGAGAAGCUGAUGCGUGACUCGUACGGCAACUAUGUCAUCCAGACUGCGCUCGAGUUCGCUCCGCCGGAUCAAUCGCUGCGGAUGAUCGAGUGCAUGCGCCCUCUCCUUCCAGCCAUUCGUCAGACUCCAUAUGGCCGUCGCAUUCAGAGCAAGGUCCAGGAGCGUGAGUCCCGUCUCAGUUCCUACACUGGCCGCGGUCCGGGUCCGUCGCCGCCGGUCGCGCAGGCUGGUGACAAUGGAGCUCAGGGUGGCUAUCCGGGUGCGCCCAUGUACACUGGUAACGCUUACAACUCCAACAUCGCCUCGCCACAGCCGCAUCGCAUGAGCAAUCCUCCGCUGCCAAACCAUCUGCAGAACUCUGUGCAGAAGCAGGGAUAUCAGGGUUACAACGGCGGCUAUGCCCAGUCCAACGGCCACGGCAGCUUCUUCUGA